UUGACUCCGAACCCAACGAGCCCACAUCUUCAAAUUAGGAUAGAUACUUUCGAAGCUAUUGUCUAUUGACUUGUACUCCCCAAACAAGGAGGAAUUCAUUAUAUACACUCCAAAAGGAACCUCUCCUUCCCCCAUAUCUCUCUCUCUCUUACUUCUCUCUCCCAAUCUCCCUAAUAAAAGAACAACAACCUGUUUAGGAGAAAGAAACAGAGAGAGAACACAAAUUGUAUAGUGCUCAUAAUAAUACUAAUAAAAACAUGGCUUCUUUGUGCCCUCCCCUGGGCUUUGGGGAUAAGUAUUAUACUCUGACGAGUGCAGGGCAGUGCGUGCGACAAGGCAGCUUCUUCGGGGGAAAGCCGGUGCUGAAUCAGGGAGUCGGCUACUCCGUCGUCUUGGGCUUUGGGGCCUUCUUCGCCGUCUUCACUUCUUUCUUGGUGUGGCUAGAGAAACGAUAUGUCGGCUCUGUGCACACAUCGGAGUGGUUCAACACUGCCGGAAGGAGUGUCAAGACCGGACUGAUUGCUAGUGUCAUCGUCUCGCAGUGGACGUGGGCUGCGACAAUAUUGCAAAGCUCCAACGUCGCCUGGGAAUAUGGCGUCAGCGGCCCAUUCUGGUACGCAAGUGGUGCUACAAUUCAGGUGCUUUUGUUUGGCAUCAUGGCUAUUGAGAUCAAAAGAAAGGCUCCUAAAGCACAUACUGUUUGUGAAAUUGUCAAAGCCAGAUGGGGAACUGCUGCCCACGUGGUAUUUCUCGUAUUCUGUUUCAUGACAAAUAUAAUUGUCACUGCUAUGCUGCUUCUAGGAGGCUCUGCAGUUGUAAAUGCACUCACUGGCGUUAACAUUUAUGCUGCGAGCUUUCUUAUUCCUCUUGGCGUGAUAGUCUAUACUCUGGCUGGUGGACUGAAGGCCACCUUCUUGGCAAGUUACAUUCACUCAGUUAUAGUACACGUUGUUUUGGUCAUCUUUGUUUACUUGGUUUAUACGGCAAGCAGUAAGCUCGGGAGCCCAAAAGUUGUAUACCACCAUCUUUUGGAGGUGGCGAGCAAAUCAAGAGUGUGUCAGGAACCCCUCUCGCAUACUGGGCAAGCUUGUGGACCCGUAAGUGGGAACUACAAAGGUUCCUACUUGACCAUGUUGAGUUCAGGCGGCCUUGUCUUUGGAAUUAUUAACAUUGUUGGGAACUUUGGUACUGUCUUUGUGGACAAUGGAUAUUGGAUGAGUGCCAUAGCUGCACGACCAUCGUCAACCCACAAGGGAUACCUGUUGGGUGGACUCGUCUGGUUUGCUGUGCCGUUCUCCUUGGCGACCUCACUGGGUCUUGGUGCACUUGCUUUGGAUCUUCCAUUAACAGCAGCUGAGGCUGGCAAAGGUCUUGUCCCUCCUGCUACAGCUAUAGCCUUGAUGGGGAAAGCUGGAUCAGUUCUCCUUCUCACAAUGCUUUUUAUGGCCGUGACAUCAGCUGGGUCAUCAGAACUAAUAGCAGUCUCUUCUCUCUGCACCUAUGAUAUCUACCGAACUUACAUCAACCCAGAUGCCACUGGAAAACAGAUUCUAAAAGUCUCGAGGGCAGUUGUUCUUGCCUUUGGGUGCUUUAUGGGUGUCUUAGCCGUGAUCUUAAACAAGGCAGGAGUUUCUCUCGGUUGGAUGUAUCUUGCCAUGGGUGUAAUUAUAGGCUCAGCCGUCAUGCCCAUUGCUUUCAUGCUUCUUUGGAGAAAGGCCAAUGCCUUUGGCGCCAUGCUUGGUACCAUUGUCGGCUGCAUUCUUGGGAUAAUCACGUGGUUAACUGUAACAAAAGUAGAAUAUGGCCGUGUAAAUCUCGACACCACUGGACGGAAUGCUCCCAUGCUUGCUGGGAACUUAGUGUCGAUAUUAACUGGAGGGUUUGUUCAUGCAGUCUGUAGCUUUUUGUCGCCUCAGGACUAUGAUUGGGAGACUACAAAGCAGAUCACGAUGGUCGAGAAAAUACAUACCCAUGUUCCUGAUGAAGAGUUUAAGGAGGAGAAGCUGUUGAGAGCAAAGAUUUGGAUUAUUAAGUGGGGUGUGGCUUUUACAGCUAUCAUUGGCAUUUUGUGGCCAGUUCUUUCACUCCCAGCACGGAAAUUCAGUUUGGGUUACUUCACUUUCUGGGCUGUCAUUGCCAUUGCCUGGGGUACCGUUGCUUCUGUGGUUAUCAUCCUCUUGCCCUUAAUAGAGAGUUGGGACACAAUCGGAAAAGUUUUCAAUGGUAUGUUCACAAAUGAUAUACUCAUGGGGAAGGUGGAAGAGAUGAACUUCCGGCUUCGCGCUAUCAUGGGAACAAUGCCCGAGGCCGAAAAGAUCUACCUGAUGGAGCUAGAGAAACACAAGAAGCUCGACUUAGUGAUGGAAGCAAAAGCUAGUGAACAAUCUAUUCAUUCUGUUGUGAUGGAUGAACUCUAAGCUUUCUGUUUAUCUUCACAAAUGUUUCAAUGUUUAUUUGUUACAUAGAAGAUUGCUGGAUUUUUCUCUGCCAGAGAUUCCUUGCAUAUCUGGAAUGGUUUUGCUUUUCACGUCCUCCUCUUAUUUUUUGGGUACUUUUUUAGUGUGGUGUAUUUAAGGUUAAUUCAUGGCGAUAUGCGUGGUAUGCUUCUUCUGGUUUAUACUAUUUGUGUGCUUCUGUUGCAAAGUAAUGAGUUACUGCUAAUACUGUAAUGGAUUGCUUGAGGUGAUGGAAAAGAAUGUUCAUAAUAAA